CCUCCGGCUGCGGCCCGCAGGCCCCAGGCCAGGCGCCCGCGCCCUCACCAUGGUGAAGUUGCUGCCUGCCCAGGAGGCCGCCAAGAUCUACCACACCAACUAUGUGCGGAACGCCAGGGCUGUCGGCGUGAUGUGGGGCACCCUCACCAUCUGCUUCUCUGUGCUGGUCAUGGCCCUGUUCAUCCAGCCCUACUGGAUCGGGGACAGCGUCAACACACCCCAGGCAGGCUACUUUGGCCUUUUCUCCUACUGUGUGGGCAACGUGCUCUCCUCUGAGCUCAUCUGCAAGGGUGGCCCUCUGGACUUCUCCUCCAUCCCCUCUAGAGCCUUCAAGACUGCCAUGUUCUUUGUGGCCUUGGGCAUGUUCCUCAUCAUUGGCUCCAUCAUCUGCUUCAGCCUGUUCUUCGUCUGCAACACCGCCACAGUUUACAAGAUCUGCGCGUGGAUGCAGCUGGCUGCGGCCACAGGCCUGAUGAUCGGCUGCCUUGUCUACCCGGACGGCUGGGACUCGAGCGAGGUGCGGGGCAUGUGUGGGGAGCAGACGGGCAAGUACACGCUGGGCCACUGCACCAUCCGCUGGGCCUUCAUGCUGGCCAUCCUGAGCAUCGGAGACGCCCUCAUCCUCUCCUUCCUGGCCUUCGUGCUGGGCUACCGGCAGGACAAGCUGCUCCCUGACGACUACACGGCGGACGGACAAGAGGAAGUCUGAGGCAGCUGGAGG